AUGUAAAAGUUGACUGAUAAACAGAAAGGUAACCCUCUUGUAAAGAAAGACAUAAAUAGAGAUGAGGAGAUUGAAAAUGAUGGCAAAGUUCGUAAAGUGAGAAGUCCUUCAAGUGUGGCUGACUUUAAUGAACUGCGAUCUAAUAAAAGUCCACAUAGUAUAAAAAGUGUAAAAAGUGCAAGAGGCUCCAAUUUAGGGAUUAAUUAAAGUGGAAACGAUGAACAGAGAAAAAAACCUCCUAGGAGAUUGAAUAGCACAAUAAUGGCUAGACUUUCGAAAUUGCAAAACAUUAAAUAAAUACCUGCAUAUUAGAAAUGGAUUUCUUAAUUGAUUGAGGGGUGGACAUUUUCUAUAAUUAUGGCCAUAGUAACUCUUUAUGCUUUAUUUGGAGAUGAUAUAAGAAUUUUAUCAGUUGGCAAAACAGAAGAUGACAUCUUUUUUAUUCUAACUAUAAUAAGUAUGUCCUUUUUCUCACUUGAAAUAAUUUUGACGUCUAUAAUAAAUCCAAACUAUAUUUUGAAUGUAUGUAGAUAGUUCCUAUUGAUUUUUAUUAGUUUUACUUUUUUUUGGAUGUAAUUUCAACAGCAACAAUGAUUUUAGAUAUUGGUUGGAUCACUGAUUUGUGGUAUGGAGAAGAAGGUGAUAUCGGGAAUGCUGCCACAAUAAAAGCAUUGGGAAGGGCCUCCAGAGUGGCUAGAAAGGCGGCAAGAGUGAUUAGAAUAAUCCGUUUAGUAAGAUUAGUAAAAUUAUAUAAACAUGCAAGAUAAUAAUACGAAAAAGAACAAUAAAAAAAAAUUCUUUAAUAGAUUCUCAAAUAAAACAAACUUAUAAGUGAAGAAAAUUAAAAACAGUAAUAAUAAUAAUCAUAGUCAUAAUAAUACUAAUAAUAAUAAUAAUAAUAAUAAUAAUAGUAAUAAUAAUAGUAAUAAUAAUAAUAGUAAUAAUAAUAAUAAUAAUAAUAAAUUAAUAGUACUCCUCAUUAACAAUAUUAAAUAUAGAGAAACUCUUCUUAUCCAUCUCCUCCUCCAUCAGGUAGAUAACAUUUUAAAUCUAAUGAUGAUGGAUAAGAACUUAAUGAACAAUAAAAAUUAGUUACUGAAAGUAAACAACCUUAUAUUGGUUUAAUACAACAAUAGCAAGUUCCUUAAAAUAAUUAGAUAGGAGUUUCAUAAAUGUCUGCAUAAUCUAAUCAAUAAUCAAAUCAAUUUUAAACUAAUGUGAAUGCUGUAAUCACAAUAAAUGAAUAAUUAAAGUCUAGUUAGAUAUCUUUAACGAGCAGUGAGAAUGUAAAGGAGAGUAAUGUUGGAACUAGAUUAUCUGAUUUGGUGAUGAGAAGAGUCAUAACAAUAGUUUUAUCCAUUUUAAUAAGUAUUCCUGUUUUAUAGCUUGAUACUUAUUAGGAGACGAUAAAUUCUUAUGAUUCAGGUAUCUUUAGAAUUGCAUAGUUUAAGGACAAUUAUUAGAUUGUUUUAAGUCUCACAAAAUAAUAUGUUGGAUUCCAUUAAGAUGAGAUCUAUCCUAUUCUUGCUGUUUUUGUUUUAAGGCAAAAUGUAACAGAAAAUUCUCCUAAACUUAAUGAUUCCAAUUUCGAAAUAUUCAAUUAUUCUCAAAAUCAUAAUUGGUUCUAAGAAACAAAUUAUGCCAUAGACGAAUAUAGAUAAUCAGAUAAAUAAUAUUAUGCAGCAAUAGAUUCAAAUGAUAUUUUGGUAACUUGUUCUGUGGCUGAUUUAGUUGAAUAUAAUAAAAUCAAUGCUAUUCUCUCAAUCUUUUAAACUAUAUUUGUAUGCAUAGUCUUAGCAGCUAGUGCAGUUUUAUUUAAUAAGGAUGUUAAUGAAUUAGUGAUAGAGCCUAUAGAAAGAAUGAUGCAGAAGAUAGAAUUAAUAGCUUAAAAUCCAUUAGAAGCAGUCUACAUUGAAGAAUAAGAAGAUCUUAUAAUGGAACAAUUAGAAAAAGAUGAAGAUGAUGAAAAAAUUAAAUAGAAAUAUAUUGAAAGGAAAAUGGAAACAUAUAUUCUUUAGAGAUUAAUAAUGAAAGUAGGUGCAUUGUUAGCUGUAGGAUUUGGUGAAGCUGGAUCUGAAAUUAUAGCUGAAAACAUUAAAAAAGGAGGUAGUGUUGAUCCUAUGUUACCUGGUAAAAAGAUUAUGGCUAUAUUUGGAUUUUGUGAUAUUAGAAAUUUCACUGAUGCUACAGAAGUACUAUAAUAAGAUGUUAUGGUAUUUGUUAAUGAGAUUGCUGAAAUUGUUCAUUCUACUGUUGACAGUUAUGGAGGAUCUGCAAAUAAAAAUAUAGGUGAUGCAUUCCUUUUAGUUUGGAAAUAUUUUCCAAUGGAAUAUCAUCCAGAUCCUUAAUAACCAUCCAAACUAGUGGUUCGAUCUGAACAUCAUAUUAAAUAGAAGGGUGAUAUGGCAGUGUUAUCAUUUUUAAAGAUUAUUACAGCAAUCUCAAUUUCUAAGAAAUUAGAAAAGUAUAAGAAACAUGCUGGAUUAAAUGCUCGUAUGAAGGAUUAUUCAGUAAAAAUGGGAUUUGGAUUACAUAUGGGAUGGGGAAUUGAAGGUGCAAUUGGAUCUUCCUUUAAAAUUGAUGCAUCCUAUUUAAGUCCGAAUGUUAAUUUGGCAUCUAGAUUAGAAGCUGCUACUAAAUAAUUUGGUUCUGUCAUUCUAAUUAGUGGAAUCUUAAAAUAAAAUCUCACUGAACAAUGUUAAAAAUAAUUAAGACUCAUUGAUAUUGUUACUGUGAAAGGCAGCAUUGAACCUGUCGAAAUUCAUACUAUUGAUAUGUCAAUUAAGAAUUUGCUAGCAAAAACCAAAGAUUUAUAAGAUAAAUUUGACAUGAGCAAAAUGAAUUAAUAAGAGUAAAAGUAAUUCAGAGUGCUCAACAGAUUCAAGAGAAACUAACUUUAAAAGGAUGUAUCUAAGGACAAAAUCAAUGUUGCAGAUUAAUUUAAUACUGAUGAAGAAAUCAUGUAUGCCAGAGAACCUUAUACAAAAGUAAUUUCUUAUAUAUCUUCAUGUUUAGGAAUUUUACUAGGCUUGGCAAGAGGGCUUCCAAUUCUACAUCAAAGGCUAAUGGGAUCUUGCUUAAUCUCUAUUUUCUAAAACUUUGGUAUACAUUCCUUUAUAUCUUUAAGUAUAUGGUUCAUGAUCACAAGGAUGGUCCAUCGAACACUCUUUUAGAGGUCAUCCAUUCUCAUGGAGGGAAAGCUCCACAUGAUUGGAAAGGAUACAGAGAGCUUACAGAAAAAUGA